AUGAAGUUCUCCACCAUCUUCUUCGUCGCCGCCGCUGCCGUCUCCUCCGUUUACGCCGCCCCGUCCGCCAUUAAGGCGCGCGACGUCAACCCCGCACUUGUGCCCGACUUCGGCGUUGUCGCCGGAACCGGCGCGGACGGCACUGGUAACUGCCGUGGUGUCAACGGCGUCCUCAUCCCUUGCGCCUGCCCGCCACCGCGCGACCAGUUCAUCGCUAGCCUUAACGCGAACGUGAACGCGGGCCACAUGAUCAACAACCCGCCGAUCGCCGCGCCGUUCCCGACAGGCAACUCGAAGCCCGAGCAGCAGGCGCGCAUCGCGACGCUGCUCAGCACGCUCCAGAACCUCCACGGCCCCGGCCAGGGCUGCCCCGCGGUGUCGACCGUGUACGGUCAGAUGCAGCAGCAGAUCAACGCGCUCCCGUGA